GCACUGACAGUUUUUCUGCGGGAGAAUUGGCAGAAUACCAACUACGAGACAAUCGACGUCAAACUACUCAGGGAUCCUGCACUAGGACUAGGCAUUACGGUAGCCGGAUAUGUACAUAGAAAAGAAGAGAUCGGCGGCAUCUUCGUCAAAUCGCUCGUGCCACGAUCGGCAGCCGCUCUGUCUGGUUCAAUUCGCGUUCACGAUCUUAUACUUGAGGUGAACGGCGUAUCGUUGGAGCAUCUGUCACAUGCUGAUUCCGUAAGAACGUUGGUGAGAAGCGGCGAAAACGUCCAACUACGCCUGAUCCGUUUUCCUGUCGAUAGCGCUCAAGCACAGUGCCUCAAAAUGCUUCAAGAACAGGAGACGGAGACUCAGGUGAUCGACGUCCAGUCGUCGAAUCCAAGCCUUGUGGCCGAAUGGAAGCGGAAACUGUCAGAUGACGUCGAUAUUAUCACCACAAUUAUUCGACCGGAUUCGAAUCGAGCUGGUGACGGAGGUCUUGGCAUCUCCUUGGAAGGAACCGUCGAUGUGGUGAAUGGCCAUCAGCUUUGCCCCCAUCAUUAUAUCGAAUCCAUCCGACACAAUGGUCCAGCAGCCGCGUCAGGAAUGCUGCAGGCCGGCGAUGAAUUGCUACAAGUGAACCACUCGAUACUGUACGGUGAAUCGCACGUGACCAUUCGACAAGCCCUUUCACGAGCCGUACAUUCUGGAGCCCCUGUGACGUUGGUGGUAGCCCGACGAACGCAGCAUGUUAACGUCUUUCAGCCUACCUCAGAAAAAAGUCUUCCAGCCUCGUAUCCUCUGCUCGCUUCCGGACAUGAGAAGAUCGUUAAGGCAAAAUCCGAGGUGAAUAUCCCGGAUCUGGCCUCGAACACUGACGUUUUGCUCCAGAAGGUUUCUCGCCGACUCAGGGCACGUUCGCUCGAGCCGUUGACGGGACUGGCCGUGUGGAACUGUGUCCCAUUGGUGGUUUGCCUUGAAAAGGACGAGCGAGGACUAGGAUUUUCUAUUGUUGACUAUCAA